AUGGGUUCAGAGAAAAAUGGAGAGGAAGGUACACGCAGUCCCCAUAUGCUCUCUGACCCUGCACAUGCUCAGCCUCAUAGCUUGCCUGUUAUCAACAUCGCCCAGCAGAAUGGUAAUGCUCCAGUCUUCACCGAGGCAACAACUUCAGGGGGACUGAGGUUCUGGUUGAGCCUUUGUUCCUGCUUAUUCAAAGCGGACCCCAAAGGAGAAGUCACAGCAAAGAAAUUGCCACCAAGCAGCCCAAGAGGCCUGGAAGCCAACCUGGAGGCGAGACCUGGAGAAAGCUGGAACCAUGCUGACCUUGUGUCCUACGAAGCAAAUGCAGCUCCUGGGAAGCCUGACGUUAGUGCAGAUGAGGGAGAUGGGGGUCCCCAAAUCUGCCGUGUAUGCGGGGAUAAGGCGACUGGUUACCACUUCAAUGUCAUGACAUGUGAAGGAUGCAAGGGCUUUUUCAGGAGAGCCAUGAAACGCAACACCCGGCUGAGGUGCCCCUUCCGGAAGGGCACCUGCGAAAUCACCCGCAAGACCCGGCGCCAAUGCCAGGCCUGCCGCCUCCGCAAGUGCCUGGAGAGUGGCAUGAAGAAGGAGAUGAUCAUGUCGGACGCGGCUGUGGAGCAGAGGCGGGCUUUGAUCAGGACGAAGAAGAGAGAACGGAUGGGCACUCAGCCCCUGGGAACCAAGGGGCUGACUGAGGAGCAGCAGACGAUGAUCAGAGAGCUGAUGGAUGCUCAGAUGAAAACCUUCGACACCACCUUCUCCAAUUUCAAGAAUUUCCGGCUGCCAGAAGUGCCCAGCAGUGGUCGCGAGGUUCCGGAAUCUCUGCAGACUCCAGUGGGGCAAGAAGCUGCCAAGUGGAGCCAGAUCAGGGCAGACCUGUGCUCGCUGAAGGUCUCUCUGCGGCUGUGCCGGGAGGACGGCAGCGUCUGGAACUACAGACCCCACGCUGACAGCAGCGGGAGAGAGAUCUUUUCCCUGCUGCCCCACAUGGCCGACAUGUCAACCUACAUGUUCAAAGGCAUCAUCAACUUUGCCAAAGUCAUCUCCCACUUCAGGGACUUGCCGAUCGAGGACCAGAUCUCCUUGCUAAAGGGGGCCACCUUUGAGCUGUGCCAGCUGAGAUUCAACACGGUGUUCAAUGCCGAGACGGGAACCUGGGAGUGUGGCCGGCUGUCCUACUGCUUGGAAGACCCUGCAGGUGGCUUCCAGCAGCUUCUCCUGGAGCCCGUGCUGAAAUUCCACCACAGGCUGAAGAAGCUGCAGCUGCAUAAGGAGGAGUAUGUGCUGAUGCAGGCCAUCUCUCUUUUCUCCCCAGACCGCCCGGGUGUGGUGCAGCGCAGCGUGGUGGACCAGCUGCAGGAGAGAUUUGCCAUCGCCCUGAAGGCCUACAUCGAGUGCAGUCGGCCCCAGCCUGCCCAUCGGUUCCUGUUCCUGAAGAUCAUGGCCAUGCUCACCGAGCUCCGCGGCAUCAAUGCCCGGCACACCCAGAGGCUGCUGCGCAUCCAGGACAUACACCCCUUCGCUAGCCCCCUCAUGCGGGAGUUGUUCGGCAUCACAGAUGGCUGAGCGGCUGCCUCCCUGGUAGAGCCUCCGAGGGGCAGCCUGAGCCAGAGCCCUGCCCUCGGAGCUGCCAUUCCUGGGACUAGAUGGAUGGCUACUGCUGAGAGCUGGCAAUGCCCUACAGGUCCUCCCUCCCCGGGAACUCACAACCAUUCCUCAGGAAAGGGACGAGGGUCUCCCCAGGCGCCAGCCCAGUCUGUGGAGAGUGAAGCCAUAGACACUUUGAUGGAGAGUGCACUGGCCUGUAGACCAGGCCCAUUCAGAGGCAAGACCACCCUCCCCUUGGAAAUGGCCCUGUGGUCUGAGCAUCUAGUGUCAUGGUGGGAGAGGGGAAGUGUCUGUGAGAGAAGCCAGAAGGCCUACAGCAAACGUCAGAGUCUUGUCAUGA